UGCUUGAAGCUAGUUAUGCCACAGUUUUGAAAGGUGACACAGUGCAAACGAUAAAUUGAAAAUUAUUAUUAUUUUGGUUAUACUCAAUAUCAGCGGAGCAUCCUUGGCAUCCAGCUUCAUCAAAAUGCAGUUGAUGUCCGCUUUAGUUUGUGUGACCCUUGCCGCAGCGUCAACUGUACAUUACGCACCUAACGAGAUACUACUUACCGAAUUGGAGCGUACGGCAUUGAAUAAACAGGAUGCGGGACCGGCUAAUACACAAUAUCACGAGCAGGAUACGAAUGGAUUUUAUUCCUAUGGCUACAGUGCAGACCGAUCCGCCAAGGCUGAGUACCUAACAUUGGACGGUUCAUCGCGUGGCUUCUAUUCAUAUGUUGAUGCAGAUGGAAAAUUGCAGACAGUGAAGUAUGAAGCAGGUCGCAAUCAGGGCUUCAAGGCGGCACUUACGAACUUACCAAAACCGCCUAAGAAUCCCAAUACAUUUGCACCACUACCCGUUAGAGAUACGCCGGAAGUACAGGAAGCAAAAAAGGCACACUUCGAAGCUUAUCGCGAGGCGGAACUCAGAGCGGCGCUGGCAACACAAAGAGACGGUGCACAACUCGGUUUGACGGAGCAAAAUCAAAAUACCGAACUGUCACAACAGGAAGUUGCGAAUAUUUUGGAGAGCACGAGAAGUAAAAUUUUAGCCAUAUUGUCCGAAAACGCCAAUGCAGAUAAUUUAAAUGGUGGCGCGAACGAAGAACUUGGUUUGGAUGCGGGCCAGGAACAAGAAGAAGUAGAAUUAGAAAACACUGAAGAUAAUGAUGAUAAUAAUGGACUGUUGUCGAUUGAUAGUUUGCAAGGCAAUCAAGAUGACAGCGAGGGUAAUGAAGAUGACGGCAGUGCAAGUAAUGUGGAUAAUUUAGCGAUUGAUAAUGGCGAUGAGCGUAACGAAGCGCGCGAAUUGUCGUCCAAUGCGGCUCGACAAAUGACAACAUACAAACUCUCCGAUUUGCUAAGUCCAAAAACCGAUCAAUUCAAUUCUCGUGCAUUAUACACCUUUGAAAGCGAUGGUCAGAGACUUACCGCACUGCGAGACAAGUCUGAUCGCUUACUGACGCAACCGAAGCUCACGUCGAUCGAAUCUGUGCGUGUACCGGUGCAUUCUUAUUACACUGUGCUGGCGCCAACAACCAAAUACACAGUUAUUACACCCACAACCCAUCAGUUGGUGCCGCGUGAUGAGGCACUGAAGCGCGGUCAUAGCUUGCCGAUAUCACUGAGCAGUUCGUUUUUGUCACAUCGUCUGAAAUCGAAUCUUGAAGUCGAAGGUUUAUAUGAACAAGCCAAACACCCAAGACGACUUAAGGCCGCCAUAUCGGACGAAACGUUGACAAAUACGAUUGAAAAUGCCGAAAAACGGCAGCGCUCUAUAAAUUGUUUAACGAAAAAGUAUUUUACCAGAAAAAAAAUGUUGCUUUUCCUCUACUUAACUGCUAUUUUUGCACUGGUCGCUGCCGAUGGGUAUUACUAUGAAACGCCCAACACCCGUACACCUUUAGUUUGGAGCAUUUUACCACCGGCUCAGAGGUAUCAAUAUCAUACACAAGAUAGCUACGGCCAGUACUCGUAUGGUUAUGGUGAACCGCUUUCGAAGAAACAAGAAGUACGCACACUGGAUGGCAUUACCCGCGGUUCCUAUACUUAUGUGGAUCCGAAUGGAAAGUUGCAGACCGUCGCUUACACUGCCGAUUCCAAUGGAUUUCGUGUAGCGGCUACCAAUUUGCCGUCAAAGCAGUUUGCAACGUCAUACGCCUCAGCUCCAUUAGAGACACCCUCGGCUGUAGUGGAAACACCAGAGGUAGCGGCGGCACGUUUACAACACAUGGCUGCACAUGCACAAGCUAGAUUGCGUUCGAGAAAAAUUUCAACGCCCGCUACGCAAUUCGCUUUACUGAAACCCCAAUUGGAAAAGCCAUCGGACAAGAAUGAAAAGGAUUUCGCUUUAGCGGAUAUUCUUCCUCAGCCGGUUGAGGAUACACCAGAGGUGGCUGCAGCUAAGGCAGAGUUUUUCAAGAGUUACGAGCAGGUAAAGCAACGUAAUGAAAGCUUGCGGCAGAAGAAGAAUCUUAACGAAAAUUAUGAAUUGGCGCGAUCUCAACCUACAACCGUUACCGUGCCCCUGGCUGACUAUAAAUCUACAAAUAUUCCAAGUAACCUCCUGCGUUAUGCAGUUUAUAAAUUUUCCAGUUAAUUAACAGUUGACGGGAUGCUACUGUGUUCACUUUCAUUGGUUAAUAAAAAACAAA